UCAAUGUCAAAGAGUUGUUGUGUUGAUUUAAAUUAUGUUUUUAAUUUAAUUUUCACAAAUUAUAAGAAUGCGCCGUUGACUAGAGUUAUAAUCAUUAUUGAUUGAAUUGAUAUCUAAUUAUACUACAAAGAUAAAUUUAUAAAUAAUGGAUACUCCAGACAUUUUUGCAUCCCAAGAAAAUAAGGACCCUUGUUCCUCUGUUAAACCCAAGAAUACAUUGAGUGACGAAUUUGCGAAUCUGCAAGAACAGGUUAUAGCUAACUUCCAAAAGCCCAACUUACCGAAUGUUAACGUGCCGGAGAGGAUUAUUAUUUGCCUGGAUGUUUGCCAUGAGGAUAAAAAUUCAGUCUUUAGGCUAAAUGAUGGUACCACAUACACGCGAAUUAACAUGUUAAAGAGAGUGUUAGAUUUUUUUAUAUACUCCAAACAUGCUAUUAAUAAGAAGACGGAAUUUGCUUUGCUUGUACUAAAAGAUUCAGAACCAAGCUUUGUGCAAAAUUUUACUAACAAUGUGAAAGACAUUUUGAAUGCUAUUGACUAUGUCAAUAGUGAAGAUAGUACAUUUGAAAGCUUUGAUUUCCAGAAAAUCUUUCAAAUAUUAAAACGGGAGGUUGAAAUCCCAGAAUAUAAGAAAUCUGAAUGUAUGGUACCACCACCGUACGUUGUACGUAUGAUAGUACUGUAUGCUCGUUCAAGCUGUAUUCCGAUUGUUCCUCAGGAUGAUCCCUAUUUUGAUUUUCUCAAGAAACAGUUAUACUUUUAUAUAGACAUUUUAUUAGUGCACGAGAAAGAAUGUGCCCUUUAUAAAUGUGAAGAAGUUUACGAUGCCCUGCAAGACUUGGAUAAUGGUUAUUCAUAUGUUUUUGAAGUGUCACGGAAUGCUACUAAAAUCCAUGAUAGUAUAGUAAAAUUGCUUGCACAUCCUUUGCAAAGACCCUUGCAGAAGAAUGCAGACUAUUCUUUUGGAUCUAGGUAUUGACUAAAAAGCAAGUAGGAAUAUAUCUUUAUAGUUGUUUUUUUUUUUUUACUGUAAGUUCAUGUCAUUAAUAGUUGUCCAUCACAUUAUGGUUAAAAGCAUUGGUAAAAUAAGUUUGUAUAACCAAAAUUUUUGACUAACUUAUCUAAUCAAUAUGACUGUAUAGAUUUAUUUUAUCUAUAACAUAACUUAAAACUUAUGAAAUACAAUAUCCAUUCAUAUAUUAUAAAUCUUAAUGUUGUCACCUAC